CCAACCCCAUCCCAGCCGGCCCCACCGGUUGGGAGGAGCCCUCGCCGCCCACCAUGCGCCGCAUGAUGGCCGUGGACAACGGGACUGCGGCCUGGGGCGACCCCGAGGCCCACAACCGCCGGGUGUCGGAGCUGGGCAAGAGGGGUCAGCAGCUGAGCGUUAGUGCCUUGCAGAACACCACAGCCCAAAUGAAUGUGCCAAAAUCCCCCGGGGACCCUCCCGGGGGGACCAAGGGGUGGUCGGAGCCACCGCCGACGCCGUCUGCUUUCAAGCCCUCGGGGUGGGGAGACACCCCCACCUCCGCGGGGAGCCCGUACGACAAGGGUACGUCCAUCUGGGGAGGUAAGACCUCCAGCUCGAGCUGGGGAGACCCCGGGGAGGCUGCCUGGGGAACCUCCGUGUCCAGCGCUACACACAGUAAAUCUGGGUCCGAAUCUAUGCAAGACGGGUGGGGCACGGAGGGGGAGGGCAGCAGCACCCCCGGGUGGGAGGAGGACGAGGCCUUUGGAACGUGGAGUGUCAGCGCUUCUCAGGAAAGCAACUCAUCUUACGGCAGUGGUGGAUGGACUAACGUGGGUGGAAAGAAAAAAGUAAGUGCUAAACCUGUGGUAAAGGACUCCAGCAUGUGGAACAAUCGACAAUUGAAGCAGCUAGUAGACAUGGGAUUUCCAAGAGAAGAUGCUGAAAAGGCUCUGAAGACCAAUAAUAAUAACCUUGAAAGUGCCAUUGGGGCUUUGUUUUCGUAUUUUCAUCCAGGUGUCCUGCUUCAAAAGAACGGUGUGGAAAGCAACAGCCACCUUGACUCUGACUCAGGAAAAGACAACCGCAACACCAACCGUGUAUUGCCAGUGGGUCGUCAGAAGCGCUUCUCUUCCAGAGCCGACGACCAGAUCCCAGUAACAUCGCAUGACGAAGAUGAUUCCUCUGCCUUCAUUCCUAUUUCACAGCCCAAUCAGAUUCUCAAAAAUCCUUCGCCCAUUCCACCUGGCCAACAAGCUGGCAUGAACAAACAGGGUGUGAACUACAACUUCAGUUUAACCAAAUUCAGGUGCCAUGAGCAGUAUUACUUCUUCAAGUGCAACUCCUACACCUCCAGCCAGCAGUGGUCCUCCGCCAUCGAUGCAGACCUGAGCAGCAUGUUGCCGCCCGAGUUCAAGCCGGGAGAACCCUGGAAGGGCCUCAAGGACUACGCCAACGACCCGGACGUGACCCCCGGCAGCGUGGCGCGCUCCAUCUCCCUCAACAUGGUGAAGGACUCGGACAUCCUGUAGCUGACGGGCGAACAGUACAAGUCCAGCAAGGACGACCCCGCCAGCUCCACCUCUGCUCUUCUCUCCUCCACUACUUGGUCCUUCAGUGGCAGCUCUUUAUAUAGCAAUACUUCUGCAAGCGGCUCCAACAAAGGCAACGUCAAGUCCACCUGGAGCAGCUCCUCCCCCCUCAGCCCAAGCGCCUACCCACCCAGCACCAUCACUAAUGAGAUCUGGCGCGCCCCCCUGCCGUCCAAGAAGGGGGUUGUGCCGGCCCGUCCCCCGCCGGGGCUCAACGUAACAAAGUCGUCCAUGUGGUCCAGCGGCGGCGGCGGGAGGGGGAGCUCCGGGGACUACAACGUGGGUGGAUCCUCCGGAGGCAGCGGUGGAUCAGGAUGGGGCUCUGGUGAGCUGCUAUACCCUAUAGGGUCAUUCCCCAGUAUGUGGAGUGGGGGUGACACCGCCCCUCCCGGCCGCCAGGCGCCCUCCAACUGGCUCAUCCUCAAGAACCUCACUCCUCAGAUUGACGGCUCCACCCUGCGCACCCUGUGCAUGCAGCACGGCCCGCUGCUGACAUUCCACCUCAACCUCUCGCAAGGCUGCGCCCUGGUGUGCUACAUGAGCAAGGAGGAGGCGGCCAAGGCGCAGAAGAGCCUUCACACCUGCGUGCUGGGGAACACCACCAUUCUUGCCGACUUCAUCAGCGAGGAUGAGGCGAGACGCCUCUUCGAGCAGAACAACAGCCAGGCCGCGGCCACCUCGUCCGCCAACGAUCGCUACAACCCGGAUCGAUACAACGUUAACCCGUCGUUCGGAGGACGCGGCGACGCCCAGCAUUACAUUGGCGGCCGCGGGGACGCGCAGACCUACCCCGGCCGCGGGGAGAACCAGUCGUACGGGACCCGUGGCGGAGAGAACCGGGGCUACGGGGGGCGCGGCGACGCCCAGGCCGCCUAUGGCAGGCGCAACGACCCGCCGCCCUUCAGCGGGCCGCCCCCUAGCGACUCUCACUGGAACGGCAGCAGCAGCGUCGGAGGCCUUAGCAGCAUGAUCCCGGGGAACAGCAUGUGGUCCAUACAGGCCGGGUCCAGCGGGGGAGGCGGCUGGGGUACAGGAAACGACACGGACGCCCGCGGCGUGGUCAGCCCCAACGCGCUCUCCACCCUCCUCCCGGGGGACCUCCUGGGAGGGGAGAACAUGUGACUCUCUGUAGCUCACGGCUACAGCUUGGGCAGGGGCUGACGAGAGUCGGCUCCCCGCCCAGAUGAUGUGCAAACCUGGGGGAGAUGGGACUUCUCCAUCCCAGAUUGAAUGCAUUGCCAUUUGAUUUUGCCAGGAAGAACAAUUAUAUGAUAGCCUAUUGAGGAAUGCAAGCCAAUCAUGUCAAGUCAGCUGGGAAAAUUCCUUCCAGUAGGUUUAUGUGUGUUCCCUGUGUGGUGUUUCGUGUUACCAGCUCUCUUCAACAAUCCCUUUCUUCCCUGCUAGGGGACCGAAGAGAAAGAACACAAGAGCUUUUAAAUCAUAUCAUGGAGAGGAUUCGCUCCCAAAGACGGGUGCUGUUUUACUUGAAGAAAGAAAUAUAUGUGUGUGCUUGCCUAAAGCUGUAAUACUUUGUAGUGGCUAUAAUUAUUAUACAAUAAAUCAGAUGCACAUAG